AUGAAAGCAAACCAAGAAGAAAAUCAAUCCAAAUCAACAAAAGCAAAAACCAAUCCAUCUAAAAUAAAUAAUAAUAACAAUAGUUCAGAUAAAAGAAAAGAAAGAAAAAAAACAAUUGAAAAAGUAAUAAAAGAAUUUUUAAAUGUUCCAAAGAUUGAAAAGUAUGAAAAAUGUAUAAUUAAUAGUGAUGGUACCCAUUCAUGUCCUGUAUUGGAAAAAAGAAAGAAAAAAUUAAAAUUAGAACAAGAGAAAAUAAAUUUAAAUAAACAAUUAUUACAAAUAGAUACAAUAUUUUUAAAUAAUAACGAAAAAGUUCAGGAGAUUAAGGAAAGAUUAAAACAAAUAGAUAUGGAAUUAAAAGAUUACAAUCAAGUACAAAGCGAUAUUAUAGUUGAUGAUUAUGUAAUACCAGCAAAGAGUAUUAAAAGAUAUUUUGGAGUAUUUAUUGAAUCAGAAAAAUACAUUAGAUCAUGGGAGAAUUUUAUUAUGGUUGGUCUGGGUAGUAGCGGUGAAAAAGAAAACAAAAGAGCAUUUAAUAUAGUAAAAAGAAUGGAUUUUGCUUUAUUAGUCAUAAAUGACACAGAAGUACUCAGUGGUGAAAUUUGUGCUACAUGUAUUAUAUCUGCAAACGAUUUAAUGUUAAAACUCUAUCCCAAGUUUCAAGAUUAUCAAGUUGCUGUUAAAAAGGUUUUAAAAUGUAAAAGUUACAGAAAUUCAAAAGAUAUCACAAUUAGCCAGUGUAUUAAUUUAAAAAACAAGAUUUCAGAUUUCACCAAAGACCAUUUUUUUCCAUUAUAA